AAAAAAACAAACGCUGCGUAAAUAAUAUAAUUUUAAAAAAAUGGAAGGUUUAAAUCAGAAAGAACAGGCGACACUACAAGGCAUUUUAGAAGCUAAACAGAUGAAAGAUUUUAUGAAGAUGUAUUCUAAUUUAGUUCAUAAAUGUUUUUCAGACUGUAUUAAUGAGUUUGUAAGUAAAUCUCUUAAUUCCAAAGAGGAAACAUGUGUUAUUCGAUGUGCUAACAAAUUCCUUAAACAUAGUGAAAGAGUUGGACAAAGAUUUACUGAAAUUAAUGUUCAACAAGCGAGUAAAAUUGGAUCAUAAAUAGCAUUAUAAAUAUCGAGUAAAUGAAUUUGUAAAAAUGUAAUAG